AUGAAGACUACUAGGCUAAUAUUAUUGUUAGCUUUAUUAUUACACUAUAGUCUAGUUAAUAGUGAUGACUUACACAAACCAGAUAACUUCAACGAGACAGAACUUAUGGAAAAUCACCAGGAGAGGAUGAAGAUGGUGAACGCCUUCUUCAGAGACCUUAAAAUAGUAUUAAACAAAAAUAAAAAACCGUUAAGGAGUAUGAAAGAAACAGAGAGAAAUGACAAAGGAGUGAAAGAUCCAAAAAUACCGAACCUUCGAGCUAGAUUAUUCACGACUAAAUCUAUUGAGACUAAAAGUACUUUAAAACUUCAUAAAUUUCCAAAUUACGUCAGCAAACCUUUGUUCCCGAUUCCUGUACUAACUGAAAAUGUUUUACGUACUUCUGCCACAUCUGUCUCUACACCUAAAACUACAAUUAAAAUAAAUUCUACAACUAAACCAAGUUCUGUUACAAUAAAGCCUAAACAGGUCGGCCAUGCUUCUACGUUUACAUCUCCUAGUAUUCCAAGAAAUUUCUUUGAUAAAAUAUUUCAAAAAGUGACAUUUUCAACACAUCGAGUGCCUGAACAAUUUACUUUUCGUUCAGUUAUCUCUCCUAGCAAACCAACUUCUAAAACUGUUGCAACUAAAUCAUCUGUUUUGACUACUUCAAAAACUAAGUCCACUCGUCCAUCGACAUUAGCUCCUACUAAAGGAACUUCACCAAAUAUUACUUCUAACAAACUAGCCGUAGUAAAAUUUAAUCAGAUAUAUAAUUUAAAAGAAGAGGUUGAAAGUUUUACCUCAAUAAAAAGUACUUCAUCAUCUAUGAGUACAACUCCAUCCUCUAUGAGUACAACUCCAUCCUCUAUGAGUACAACUAGUAUUGGACGAAAGACGUUCAACAAUAUUGCUACAUUCAUACCGGAACUUUCCUUUUAUCAAAAAUUACAUCUAUUUACACCUAUUUCUAGAAUCAUCUAUGAAGUCACUACAACCUCUUCUCCACCUAAAACAUCUGCUUCUUUAGCUCCUUUAUCACUACUUGCUAUUUCAUAUCUUACAUCUUAUCCUCUUCAGUCCAAAAUUCCUCCUCUUGCGUCGUGGUCUUACAAAACAACAAAUAAGUUUCAUAGCUUAUGGCAGCAAGAGAUGACUAAUUUCAUGUCUUAUACCUUGCCCCUUUCGGGAAUCGAAACCGCGACCUCUUACCCGACAAUGACUUGUAACCACUCGGCCAAAUAAGGCAGUUGCAAGAAAAUUAAGGUUUCCUUAUUAUUGGUCUACUUCAAAUCCACUAACCAAAACAUUGUUUCUAGCACCGCAACAGAUAACACCACGAUGGUACCAACACUUUGUACAAAAUAAACCAAUAAUACACCACGGAUACAACCUCACACGACGUCCUAGACUGCACAGACAGAGGCACACACACAACAAAAAAAUAAGACAUAAACAUAUCAGAAAAGUAAAGAAGUACUACCCAAUGUACCUAUCCACAAAACAACGUAACUCUACUAUAAAAAAUUUCUACGGCCAUCUCCAUAACGAGUCAACUGAAUAUAAUGAAUUUAGUACUUUUAAAUCGACAAUAAUUGAUGGUAGACCUGUCUAUCUACCUGUAGAUCCUUUAGAAGGUACAACACCAGUUUCAAUUCUUACUCCAUCGACCAAGCCUCCGAAUCAUCGUUACUACGAGAUGAUGAAGGAACUGGAUGAAGGAUAUAUGAUCGUUUUCUUAAUAGAACUUUGUAGAAUAAUUUCUACAAAAGAUCAGAAACAUGUUCAAAAUGUCAUUAUACAUACGGAAACUAUAAUCAAUGAGUAAUAGGGAAAUGGUCGGUUGGUCUGGUUAGACAGCCCGUUAUUAGAUGUCACUAUAAAACUGUCAAGACUUAUAUCCGAAGCACCAAUCGAUCUAGUAAGAACUUACGCAGCCAUGAUGUACCACAUGCUACGUGUGAGGAAGACAGAACUCUCCGUCGAAGUGAAUUCAAUCAUAGAUUAUGCAGAACUUAUGUACGAGGAUAAAGAGGGAGACUACCUGUUCAAUUCUCUGAGAGAAUUCGAGGCAUUUCCUGAAAGUAAGUCGAAAUCUGGUUACUUAGUUUGCUCCACUCUGAUUGAAAACUUCUUAAGUCCAUUUCGUCGCCUCCACGGCACAAAACGACGACAAAUAUUAUUAGACUCUAUCAAUAAAGCAAUAAAGGAUAGAUUUCCACAAAUCUCAGUGAAAACUGUCAAAGAGAAGGAUUUAAAGCACGGAAUAAAAGCAAAAGAGUCGCAGCAUUGGCCGAAAUUCCGAACGAUCUUAACGUCCGACGAACCAUGUAUAUCAACUUCAGACUCGGAUAGCGAAAUUAGGAGAAAACUUCGAUUAAAACGUAAACAGCGAAGAAUUCGAGAACUCAAUUUAAGAAAAGAGGCAAGAAAUCGAAAUAGACACAAGUUAAAUAGACGACAAAUGAAGAAUAACGCUAAUGAAUAUUUAAAGUUUAGAAGUAUUACAAAAACACAGAUGCGUUACAAAAUAGUAUCUUCGAAAAAUCACUUAAAACCAACCCGUGAGAGAACUACAAAAUAUUACACAUUGAAUCUACAUCGCAGACCAACUAAAGAUCAAUCUGUAACAAUCACACCUCUGUAUGUAAAUACACCAUUUCCUUACUUCCAUGAACAAAAAGACUAUUUUGAUACAGAAGAAAACGAAGUCCAUCAAAGAACUGACGAAAAACGACAACAGCGACACCCUAAGCAAACUAUUGAUUUAAAAAAAUUACAGGAUUAUUACUACCAUUUCGACGAGUAUUUUAGACAGUCGAAGCCUAAGCCUGUAAAAGUUGUUAGUAAAAUUACAAAUACAUAUUUGAAGAGAAUCGUAGAGGCUUCAAGUUAUAGUGAUGAAGAAGAUUCUUUGAAAAAGAAUUUAACUGAAGCUCUAUUUUAUAAUGCGACGUCUACUACUGAGACUACGAAUUCAUAAUUUCUUUG